AUGCUGAGAAAUGUGUAUUAAGUCUCGCUGUUCCUCAGAGAGUCCUGCAGCGAGUCUGGCCAGCCAGAGGCGGUCAGCCUGAGUCUCAGUGAACUGGACCAGGAUGACAGGAACAGGAAGAGAGCAAAGCCCGGCAGACCACUGGCCACUAAUAAAAAGGCACGUCAGGAAAAGAGCCAGGUGGAGGCGCCACCGGGCCGGAGAGUGAACGGAGCUCAGCGGAAUGGAGGGGGAAACCCAGUCACUCUGUUUGAGAUGGUCAAACAGGGCAAGAGUGCCAUGCAGUCGGUGGUUGAUGAGUGGAUCGAGGCCCUGCUGGACCUCAUCAACUUCUUCAUCUGCUGCUCGGGCUGCAAAGGUGCUGUGAGAAUUGAGAUGUUUCGCAACAUGCAGAACGUAGAGAUCAUCCGAAAAAUGACGGAGGAGUUUGAUGAGGACAGUGGUGAUUACCCACUGACCAUCUCUGGCCCGCUGUGGAACAAAUUCCGCUACAGUUACUGUGAGUUCAUUGCGGUUCUGAUCCGACAGUGCCAGUACAGCAUCAUCUAUGACGAGUACAUGAUGGACUGGCUCCAGGAAAACCAAGAUGAGAUUGAAAACAUGAUGAACUCGAUCUUCAAGGGAAUCUUCGUUCACCGUUACAGGGAUGCGAUAGCUGAGAUCAGAGCCAUCUGCAUAGAGGAGAUCAGAGUGUGGAUGCAAAUUUACAGCGAUGCCUUCCUGAACGACAGUUACCUAAAGUAUGUAGGGUGGACUUUACACGACCGGCAAGGGGAAGUUCGGCUGAAGUGCCUGAAGGCCUUACAGAACCUCUAUUCACACCGAGAGCUCUUCCAGAAACUGGAGCUGUUCACAAACCGCUUCAAGGAUCGGAUCGUGUCUAUGACUCUGGAUAAAGAAUAUGAUGUGGCAGUUGAGGCCGUCAGAUUAAUCAUAUUAGUUUUGCAAGGCAGUGAGGACGCUCUGUCUGACGAUGACUGUGAGAACGUGUAUCACCUGGUGUACUCCGCACAUAGACCGGUCGCCCUGGCUGCAGGAGAUUUUCUCCAUCGCAAGGCAUACUUGCAUACUCAGGCUGAAGAGGCUCUGGCAAAGCAUCGGGGGAGGAGCAGCCCAAACGGGAACCUGAUCAGGAUGCUGGUGCUGUUCUUUCUGGAGAGUGAGCUUCACGAGCACGCAGCGUAUCUGGUGGACAGUCUGUGGGACAGUUCUCAGGAUCUGCUGAAGGACUGGGAGUGUAUGACUGAAGUACUGCUGGAGGAACCGGUGCAGGGAGAGGAAGUGUUGUCAGAGAGACAGGAGAGCGCUCUGAUUGAGCUGAUCGUCUGCUCCAUCCGGCAGGCCGCAGAAGCUCAUCCUCCUGUGGGCAGAGGAACAGGCAAACGGGUGUUGACGGCAAAAGAGAGGAAGACUCAGACUGAUGACAGAAAUAAGCUAACGGAACACUUCAUUAUGUCUCUCCCCACGUUACUGUCGAAGUACCAGGCGGACUCUGAGAAAGUGGCCAACCUUCUGCAGAUCCCUCAGUACUUUAAUUUGGACAUCUACAGUACAGGACGGAUGGAGAAGCACCUGGAUGCUCUUCUGAAGCAGAUGAGGCUGGUGGUGGAGAAGCACACAGAGCUGGAGGUUCUGGAGACCUGCAGUAAAACCUUCAGCAUACUGUGCAGUGAGGAGCUCAGUAUCAUGAACAGAGUGGACAUUGCCUGGAGCCAGCUGAUAGAUGAGCUGACCGACAGAUUCAGCCAUGCAGUGGAGGAGCUUCUGCAGGAGGGAGAUGAAGCAGAUGAUGAUGACAUUUACAGCGUCCUGUCCAGCCUCAAGAGACUCACUGCCUUUCACAAUGCCCAUGAUCUGACCAGCUGGGACCUGUUUGGGACCUGUUAUCGCUUGUUGAGAGCAGGGAUAGAGCGAAGCUCAAUGCCAGAGCAGAUAGAAGUCCAGGCUCUGCAGUGCUCACAUUAUUCAAUCAUGUGGCAGUUGGUGAAAAUCACAGAAGGCUCUCCAUCUAAGGAUGAUCUGAUUGCACUGAGAAGAGUGGUCAAAUCAUUCCUGGCUGUGUGUCAACAGUGUUUAUCCAACGUCAACACACCGGUCAAAGAGCAGGCCUUCAUGCUGCUGUGUGACCUGCUGAUGAUCUUCAGCCACCAGCUGAUGGCGGGUGGAAGAGAGGGCCUGCAGCCGCUAGUGUUCCACCCGGAUUCUGUCCUGCAAAACGAACUGCUCAACUUUGUCCUGGACCAUGUGUUCAUCGAGCAGGAUGAAGAGAACCAGAGUGUAGACGGAGAUGAGGAAGACGAAGCCAAUAAGAUCGAAGCCCUACACAAGAGGAGGAACCUGCUGGCUGCCUUCAGCAAACUCAUCAUCUACGACAUAGUGGACAUGUCGGCAGCUGCAGACAUCUUCAAACACUACAUGAAGUACUAUAACGACUAUGGGGACAUCAUUAAGGAAACAUUAAGCAAGACCAGACAAAUGGACAAGAUCCUGUGCGCCAAAACGCUAAUCCUGAGCCUACAGCAGCUCUUUAAUGAGCUGAUCCAGGAUCAAGGCCCAAAUCUGGACCGCACCUCGGCCCAUGUGAGCGGGUUAAAGGAACUGGCUCGGCGCUUCGCUCUGACCUUCGGCCUGGACCAGAUCAAAACCAGGGAGGCUGUGGCCACUCUGCACAAGGACGGGAUCGAGUUCGCAUUCAGGUUUCCGAACCCGAAAAGGCCCGACUGCCCGCCUCCGAACCUGGCCUUUCUGGAGGUCCUGUGUGAAUUCUCCUCUAAACUGCUGCGCCAAGACAAGAAAACAGUCCACUCGUACCUGGAGAAGUUCCUGACGGAGCAGAUGUGUGAGCGGCGGGAUGAUGUGUGGUUGCCCCUAAUUUCCUACAGAAACUCGCUGCUGACGGGUGGAGAUGAUGACCAUGGCUCCAUCACCAGCAGCAGCAGCAGCAAGACAGGAUCCAUCCGCAGCAGGAAGAGCUGUGCUGCCCACCGGAAACACACUGAGGAGGAGAGUGCAAAGGGUCCAUGGGCAAUGAAGGCUGAUCCCCCACCCACUGCUCAGCUAACGUCCACAGAGCUGGAACAAAACCCCUCACAUGCCACUGACCAUGCCCAAAGACACAGUCCUGACCCCGCCCCCGAGCAGCAGGCUGAACAUGACCCAGAGCCCAACUAUGGCCACAGUGCCGAGAUGUUGUGGCCGCAGAAACUGGAGGAUGUAAACAGGAAGGAGAGAACUGCAGUGAGCUACAUGAAGGCUCGGAGUGGGGGGGUCCGGGAGACUGUUCGAGGGCUGAUGGAGGACGAUGCCGAACCCAUUUUUGAGGAUGUAAUGAUGUCAUCUCGAGGUCAGCUGGAGGACAUGAACGAGGAAUUUGAGGACACUAUGGUCAUUGAUCUGCCUCCGUCCUGUAACCGGCGAGAGAGAGCAGAACUGAGGCCGAACUUCUUUGACUCGGCUGCCAUGAUGGAGGACGAAUCGGGGUUUUCGAUGCCGAUGUUCUGAGGCGAUUAAAGGACGCUGUGAUCUCCAGCGUCCACAGAAGAGCAUCGCUGAGACAGAGCUCGUCCUCACAGGAGCGUCCAGCUUCUCCUGCUGCUCUGGACGCAGAGUUUAACCCUCCUGUUAUGUUCAAGUGUGAGAAACAUCAACAAUCGAAUCUCAGAUCCAAUCUAUGUUUAACCGUCAGAGUAGCUCAUAAACAUCUUUAGCUCAAUACCAGUUUAAUCAAAAUUAAAUAAAAAUAAUAAUAAAACAUGCAAAAAUUAGACAUUCAACAAAUUAUUACUUUUUUCAAUAUUUUUGACAUUUUCUGUCUUUAUGCUGACUAAUACGAACAAAGCAUCUCAUCUCUUCUGUUAAAGGUCAAACUGUCCCUCAGUCUCUUAUUCUCCAGGGUAUGUUUUGGUUUGUCCCUCUGAAUGUUUGUGACCAAAUCAUAAGGCUAAUUAUUCAGUAACUGCAUGAAAUAAAUGUAAUUUAUUUAAUUUAAUUAUUUUUUGUUAAAGUCCCUCAAAUGAACGGAACAUGUGUUUUCUGAUCUCCACAUAUUUCCAAUUUCAAAGUUUACAAUUUCCUGCUGAAAGCCAAAAAUCUCAGACGCUCUUUGUGUUGUUUUAUAAAAGUAAUGUUUCCAGAGCAGAUCACUGAAGAGACGCCGUCUGUUUAUAGUUUAU